AUGCCCGGGUACUCGCUCUGGCUCGUCCCACACGCAUCAAGCCCUUUCACGAAAACCGCACAAGAACUGAUCAGCGAGACCGUGCCCCGGAUCUUCGUCUCCGACGACAGCCAGAUCAACCACUUCCCUCCGCACGUCACCGUCACAUCAGAUAUCGACGCCACGAAGGUGUUUGGGGACAAGUCGCCACAAGCAUGGCUUGACAGUCUACAGCUUCCCGAUUUCAAAGCGGAGCACAAUGAAGUCGUUAUCGAGCUCGAAGAACUACACGCCGAGGAGCCGUUCUUCCGCAAGUGCAAUAUCGCGACUAAAGCGAACGCGAAUUUGACCAAACUCGCCACGGUCUGCAGAAAGGACGCGGUGCUGGGUGGCGACGAGGCCAAGGCGCAGGCGUGGGCGAGAAGCGAGUACCGCCCUCACUUCAGUCUGUUCUACGGUGACAUCCCCACGCAGCAAGUCAAGAGUAAGCUGCCGCUGAUUGAGAUAAAGCUCGGGUUCGCCAUUGGC